AUGCAAGAGGUUUAUUCAAAAUUGUCGCCUUUCUUGGCUGAACGACCGGCUUUGUGGUUUGCGAAGGCAGAAGCAGUAUUCUAUGUAUCAGGAAUAACUGACGAUGAAACAAAAUAUAACUGUGUGAUUUCACAUAUUGAUGCAAGUGAAGCUAAGGAUCUUGCUACGCAUACUCCAACGAAAGGCAGUCGAUACGAGUGGAUAAAGGAAGAAAUAUUGCAGCGUUUCUCACGAUCGGAAGCGCGAAUGCGACAGAUAUUUGAUGACGAACUAGGGGAUAGACGGCCGUCACAAUUUCUGCGUACCUUGAAGUGUUUAUUAGGUAAGGAUUCGGUUGAUGAUGCAUUUUUAAGACAGUUGUGGUUGCGACGGCUACCAAUCGACGUACAAGCAAUCUUGCAGACCCAAUGGGAUUUACCUAUUGAUAAAAUAGCCGAAAUAGCAGACAAAAUUAUGGAUGUCAAAUCUAUAUCGGUAAAGUCUCAAACACCUUCACCUGAAUUCAGUAAUUUAGAGAAACAAAUAGCUGAGCUCACAAGUCAAGUUGCCGCUCUCAAUGCUCAAUACGAAUAUAAACGUAAUCCGAGAAAUAGAUCUCAAUCUAGAAGUCAAAGCCGCAACCGCUAUAAUUCUACAAUAUGUUACUAUCACUGGAAGUUUGGGCGUGACGCUAAAAAAUGUACAAAGCCAUGCUCGUGGAAGUGA